UUAUGACACUAAAUACUUCAUUUAUAUUUCCAGCCAACAUGAAAUCCAUGGCAUGCAUGCUGCUGCUGUGCAUGGCAGCAGCCAAGGUCUCUGGUUACCACAUAGUGUGUGUAUUUGCUAUACCGUCCCGUAGCCACAACCACCUCGGGAAGGGAGUUGUGGACUCUUUGCUGAAGGCCGGUCAUCAAGUGACGUGGAUCACUCCGUACCCGUUCGAAAAUAAAAAUAAAAAUUUGAAAUUGAUACCGGUGGCCACACAAGUCAUCGGUGAAUGUACGUAUCUUGUUGAAGGAUCAUAAAUAUUUACUUUAAUUUCAUCAUCAUCGUCAUAUUUUUUUUUAUACAACUUAGAAUGGCAAACAAGCUGACAGCCCACCUGAUGGAAAAUGGUAACCGUCGCCUAUACACA